AUGAUUAAACAAAUUGAUUUAUUUUCCUAGAUGAGCUCGUGCUGCGAUGUCCAGAAAAACGACAAGUCCAUAAAGGCCUGUCGAAAAUCCUUGCUGACCAACAACUCCACCACUACAAAUAAUGGAGAGUCUCGUAAUCUCAAAACGGAUAAGGUGGCUCUGCAUGCAUGCAUUGCAGAGUGUUCCUUUAAGGCCAAUGGAUACUUGCUCAGCAAUGGAACCGUCAACUUAGAAGCCCUGCAGAGAAGUUACCAGCAGCGCUAUAGGAGCGACCAGACCAUGGCCCAAUUGAUGGUGAAGAGCCUCAACAGUUGCUCGGAUUACGCUCAGAAACGAGCUCAACAGUUUCAAUGGAUGCACACAAAGGGCGAGUGCGACUACUAUCCCGCCACCCUACUGGCCUGCAUCAUGGAGCAGGUGUACGUCAACUGUCCCACGACCAAGUGGAAGAACACCAGCGACUGUGUAGCGAUGCGGAAGUAUUUGAUAGCCUGCGAUGAUGUCAAGAGUGGCAGGAAGUAG